GUUUUUGCAAACCUAUGUCAGACUUUGUACUCAUUUCCUAUCCAAACGUCUUCUAUUGCAUAUAGUAACACAGAUAUAAUUUUUUUGUUUAAAAUAUUUUAAAUAAUUAACUAUGGGUAAUUUUGUGUAUUUUUUGGCGUUUGCACUGACGGGAACUGCGGUAUUUGGUAGAGUUUUUCAAGAGAAUAAAGAUUUUGUAGAAUUCAAUAUCGAGGCGAAGGAGACCCAAAGCAGCGAAGAUUAUGCAGUGGCCGUGGAUCUAGGAAGCAAUGGUAUUAAGUCAGGAAAUGAUUUUGGCAAUCGGAUGGUGAGCAAGCAAUAUGUGAAUGCAAUCAAGAAUUCGAAACUUUGGAACGAGGUAAAGACCAAGGCACUGUCGGCUAAAGGCCCCACCGAGCUGGCCGCGACGUUCGCCAAGUACGAGUCACUACCGGUUGACCAAUGGCCGGACACGAUUAUUGACGAAGUUCAAAAAAUAUGCCAAGAAGGUCUUAAGUGCGUAGUUAUGGACCAGUUGUACAUGAUGUCACAGUUCUUGAAGACAGAAACUAACGGAGAUCAGUCUUUGCGUACGGUCAUAACGAAAGUAACCAAUGUGUUGUCGGAAUACAAAAAGUGUACGAGAAAUCUGUACUCCGGUACAGUACGGUCAUCAACCCUGAGAACGCUGAAACGAUAUCCGAGUCUAUAAUGAAAGUAGUGAAAGAUAACAACCAAAUGUGCAAGUCGGACCAGGUGGAAGUCCAGUUAGCAGAUCAUCAGGUCGACACGUGGGUAGACAAAGUAACAACAAUCGAUAACGUUUUGGAUACACUCCAGUCCAUUAUCAAUAAGCCGAAAAAUGAGUAAUCCGUCCAUGUUCUCCGUGAUUUCAAUUUUUACACAUAUAGCGUUAAUUAAUUUCUUGUAUAUCGUUGUAUGUUAUGAUUUUCAUACAGUACAUUUUUUAGUCACGUCAAUAAGUUUAUUAUAUUUGUUUAUGUUUGCACCAUUUGUUGUAUUGUUUUAUUACAUUAUUAUUAUUUUUUUUUUUUUAUUGAAAAUCACGGUUUUUUUAGUAUAGCGGAGUUAUUAUCCAAUGUA